ACAGAAAAAGAAAGAAAAAUACAGUAAAACGCUUCGUAUCGAUUGGGAAUCUCUUUCCCCUCCCAGGUUUCUACCGCCUUCUUUUCAAGUCUUCCUUUCUUUCCUUUCUCUUAGGGUUUCUUAGGUGCGUUUCCUCCGCACAGAUAAAAAAAUGUUACAGAAGAAAACCUCCUCCUCUCUCUAUAAUUGAUCCAAUUCCCCAUGGCCUGAUUCAGCUCCUCUUUUUUUUGUCUGGAGUGGCAGUCUGGAAUGGAAAUGUAUAAUUUUUCUGAACAUGGAAACACAGAGACUUAUCUGAUUCAAGGUGCUGAAUCAAACUCACACUUGACAAGUCCACUACUUGAACAAAUUGAAACUAUGUACACCGAAGGAGCCCCUGAAUUUGUUGUUGAUCAGGGCUUGUAUUAUCCUACUGCCACCAACUAUGGAUAUUAUUAUACAGGAUUUGGAUCACCCAGUGAAUGGGAGGACCACAAUAGGGUUUUUGGUGUAGAUGGUCCUGAUAUUCAGUACACGGGUGUGCAAAAUGAAAGUUCUCCAUAUGUAUAUUAUACGCCUAGCUAUGGAUAUACACAGUCGCCAUACAACCCAUACAAUCCUUACAUACCCGGUGCCAUGAUAGGUGUUGAAAGUCAAUUUGUUGGGGCACAGCAGUAUUACACUCUUCCCCCUUAUCAGAACACCGUUUCUUCGCCUGCUUAUGUUCCCUUUAUUGUUCAACCAGAUAUUGUCCCUAGUACUUCAACUGACUCGUACGAUACUGGUGCCUCGAUGAAUAGACCUGAAGGAAGAAGUGUAAAACACAACUUCAGUUCGGCUACUGGAGCCUUGCCAAGGAACUCCGUAAAAUCUAUUUCGAAUCAGAGUAAUUCUUUGGUCAGGGUAUCAGAAGGCCCAAGAGCUAAUGUUGGACCAAGCAAACAAUCUGCGAUACAUGGGACUGCUUCUGCUGGUAGUUUUGCCCCUCCAGCUACAUCACAUGUUCUUGAGGUCAGAAAUGCCUCUGGCUCAUUUCCAGCCGUAGAUAAUAUCUCCAAUGGAAAGGUUCGAGUUCAUCAAAACCAAUUGAAAGUAACUCUUCCUGUCAGCAAUGGUUUAUCUGGCUUUGGAUCAAGUGCUUAUGGACAGGCUGUAGGGGGUAAGAUUCGUUCCAAAAUCCAUGUCGGCAGAGCUCUGAAUGAUGCAUUUGGAAGCCCAGAUGCAUUGGGUGAGCAGAAUCGGGGCCCUAGAAUUAACAGAUCAAAAAGCCAGCUUGCCGGCAAAGCAUACACAGGAAGGGCAGGAGAUGGUAAUGCACAGGGAAAUAUUAUUAUCUCUAUUGAUCAGUAUAAUAAGGAUGAAUUUCCUGCUGAUUACGUGGAUGCGAAAUUCUUCAUAAUAAAAUCUUACAGUGAGGAUGAUGUACACAAGAGCAUUAAAUAUAAUGUUUGGUCAUCUACACCCCAUGGAAACAAGAAGUUGGAUAGUGCUUAUGAAGACGCACAGAGACUGGCUGCAGGGAAGCCGAGAGGCUGUCCCAUCUUUCUAUUCUUUUCUGUUAAUGCAAGUGGUCAAUUCUGUGGUGUUGCAGAGAUGGUUGGCCCAGUUGACUUCAAUAAGGAUAUGGCUUUUUGGCAGCAAGAUAAAUGGAGUGGGAGCUUCCCUGUGAAGUGGCACGUUAUCAAAGAUGUCCCAAACACCAAUUUUAGGCACAUUAUUUUAGAAAAUAAUGAGAACAAACCAGUGACUAAUAGCAGAGAUACACAAGAGGUAAUGUAUAAAAAAGGUCUGGAGAUGUUGAAAGCCUUCAAAAAUUACACGCUAAAGACCUCCUUACUUGAUGACUUCAUGUACUAUGAAAAUCGUCAGAAAAUCAUGGAGGAAGAGAAAGCCAGGUUACUUGUGAAAAGCUUCGAAGUUCCGUAUUUCGUACCUUCAUUGAAUCCCCCUCGCAGGCUAAAUGGUGUUCUUGAGCUACCUCCAAGAGAAGAUGAAAAAACUACCAAGCCCAACAAGGGUUCAAAUAGCUCAAUAAUAAAAACGGGGGUCUCUGCUCCCGAGCAGAUUUCUUCUAAUUCUUUUGUUAUCAACCCAAGUAUUGGAGAUGGAAAUGCUGAGCAAAUUGCAGUCGAGACAAAAACUGAUGUAGUAUCUACUUUAAAGAUUGGUUCACUUACCAUAAGCCCAAAGCAAGCUGAGCCUAAGCCCUUGCCAGCUGCUAAUACUGAACCUGCUGAUAUUGUCAAAGUAGGCUCAGUGCCCAUCAAAGUUAAUGGAUUUGCAGAAGCUGGUUUUCUAACAGUUGGGACUAUUCCCCUCGAUCGUAGGCCUCUGCAGCUUGACAAGGGGGGUGCUUCUGUUAACAAUGGAUCCCAACGUUGAUGAAUGGCAGAGGUUUUUCACAGCGUUAGUUAUUUUGUGAAACUAUUGUGUCGGAGGAUGCUCUACCUUUUGUGCAGAAAGACUAAUGUUCAACAUUGAGGAUAUCAUACUCAAUAGUGGUUUUAUGAGCUGGUGAAUUGCAAUACAUGUUUCAGAUCAUCAUGAUUUGGUUUUCAUUCGCUCCACGUUUGCUGCAGUUGUUUUGAUCGACACUUAUACGGACGUCUUGAUUUUCUGUGAGGUAAGGCUUCCUUUUGUUGCUCUGCCCAAAUCAAGUUCAAAUACUUUGUAAUCUUUUCUUUCGGAAUUAUUUUUCCGUCUCUUCCACUAAUAUAUUCAAGAUUUAGGGAAAAAAAAAAAAAGAAUUCUCUUUGUUGGUCAAUUCGCAAUCCUGUGUAAUGUUUGUCAAUUAACUCGUUUAGACACAUAAAAUUGUUGUUUGGUACGGUAAUGGAGUUGGACAUAUUCCUCUUGUUUCAUUUUUUUCAUUAACAUUUGAAUGCAAUGUGUCCAAUAUAGUUA